UCCAAGAACCUGAGAGAGCUAUAAAGAAGGCUGACACAAAGGUACUUCGGAUUGUGUUCACCUGGCGAAAGAUUUGUUCUUCAGUGAAGCCUGAAAGAAAGGACAAAGAAGGACAUUUACUGCGACCGGAUUCUACAUACAGAGUUGUGAAGAUGACAUCUACAGCAAGUCGACUGGCCCGUCAGCAAGACAGGGAACUGGGCAUUGGCACCAAUGCACAGGCAGUGAAGUUCUACCAGCAAGAUUAUGAGGCUCUGCGGCAGCAGUGUCUAGAGACCGGCCGCCUGUUUCAGGAUGAUCGCUUUCCUCCUGAGCCUAAAUCACUGGGCUACAACCAGCUGGGACCAUACUCGUCAAAGACGAAGGGCAUUGUUUGGAAGAGGCCAACGGAGCUUUGUUCCAACCCACAGUUCAUUGAUGACGGCGCUACAAGGACAGACAUUCGGCAGGGAACUCUGGGUGACUGCUGGCUCUUAGCUGCCAUAGCUUCUCUGACUUUGGAGCAGGACAUUCUGGCUCGUGUGGUGCCUCCUGACCAAAGCUUUACUGAAGGUUAUGCUGGGAUAUUUCACUUUCAGUUCUGGCAGUUUGGCGAGUGGGUGGAUGUGGUGGUUGAUGAUCGUUUGCCCACCAGAGAUGGAAAGCUGCUGUUUGUUCACUCAGCGGAGGGCUCAGAGUUUUGGAGUGCACUGCUGGAGAAGGCCUACGCUAAGGUGUAUGGCAGCUAUGAGGCUUUGACAGGAGGAAACACUAUUGAGGGUUUUGAGGAUUUCACCGGGGGAAUUGCAGAAACAUACAACUUAAAAGAGGCUCCAGCAAAUCUCUUUCACGUUAUUCAGAGGGCCCUGAGCCAGGGUUCACUGAUGGGUUGCUCUAUUGAUAUCACCAGUGCCUGUGAGACAGAGGCAGUUACAUCUCUAAAGCUUGUAAAAGGACAUGCAUACUCUGUCACCGGUGCAGAGGAGGUUCAUUUUAAAGGGCAGCAAGUGCAGUUGGUUCGCAUCAGGAACCCAUGGGGUGAGGUGGAAUGGACAGGCCCUUGGAGUGAUGGAUCCAGUGAAUGGAGCCACGUCACUGAAGAUGAGAAGUUGAAGUUAAACAAUGUGGCUGAAGAUGGAGAGUUCUGGAUGUCCUACUCAGACUUCAUCAGGAAUUUCUCCAAGCUGGAGAUCUGCAAUUUGACCCCAGAUACGCUCACUAGUGAUGAUGUGGGUCGCUGGAACUACUGCCAGUUUGAAGGGAUGUGGAGGGUCGGCUCCACUGCUGGCGGCUGCCGGAAUCACUCAGCCACAUUCCCAUCCAAUCCUCAGUUCCUGUUGCGUCUGGAGGAUGUGGAUGAUAAUCCUUUGGAUGGGAAGCACGGAUGCACCUUUCUGGUGGGGUUGAUGCAAAAGGAUGGACGACGGCUGAUGAAGGUUAACCCCAACCUCGAGACAAUCGGCUUUGCCAUUUAUAAGGUUCCAGAUGAGUACAAAGGUUGCAAAAAUGUCCGCCUCGGGCCUGACGUCCUGCUGCGUCAGAAACAUGUAGCCAUGAGCCCCACUUUCAUCAACACACGGGAAGUGUGUGGCCGCUUCAAUCUCCCACCGGGAGAAUAUGCCAUAAUUCCCUCAACCUUCCAGCCCCACAAGAACGGCAGCUUCAUUCUCAGGGUGUUCACAGAAAAAGAGGCUGCAACCAGACGACUGGAGCAGAAAAUUGACGCUAAGAUAAAGGAGGACAAGGUAUCUGAAAAGGAUGUAGAUCCUCAUUUGAAGCAACUCUUCAAGCAGCUGGCUGGCAAUAACACGGAGGUGUCCGCCUUUGAACUGAUCAAAAUUUUAAACAAUGCCGUUUCUCAGCGGUCUGACAUUAAAACUGGUGGAUUCAGCGUUGAGACAGGUCGCCUUAUGGUCAGUCUGCUGGAUAAAGAUGAAAGUGGGAAGUUGGGACUGAUGGAAUUCCAGUUGCUUUGGAAGAAAAUCCAGAAAUACUUGGAGAUCUUCAAGAGUCAUGAUACAGACAAAUCUGGCACCAUGAGCUCCCAUGAGAUGAGAGAUGCUGCCAGUAAAGCAGGGUUCCAGAUCAACAGUGCAGUGCUGAGAGCUGUUGUAAAUCGUUACGCUGAUGCUCAGUAUGCCAUACACUUUGACAGCUUUGUAGGCUGUCUCAUUAAACUGGAAAUGCUCUUUAAAGUGUUUAAGACCCUGGAAAGGGAUGACUCGGGCAAGAUUGAGCUGAACAUGCAGCAGUGGCUGUGCCUGGCAAUCUACUAGCCCUGACAGCAACACAACAAGGACCCCUUUCAGAUGUGAGCACAAAGAGAAGGAUCAGCUGAUUAACAGAGAGUUCCUUCAUUUCUGAUCUACUUUUCACACAGUAUAUUCCAAAUGCUAAAGUCCCUUUGGGCUAUACUAUGACUGACAUGUAUAACAUGCCAUGUUAGUUGGUUUUUCAGGUUUUUCAGCAAAUAUUUCUGUUCAGAAGGGAAAAACUUGGUAGUCUUGGUGGGUGUUUUGCUUUUAAUUCCUUACAACUUCUGUCAAGCUAUAAAAACGUGUUAAAAAUAAAAAAUAAAACAA